AUGGAGGAAAAUCUUCCGCCUGGUUUUCGGUUUCAUCCGACAGACGAAGAACUCAUUACUUACUAUCUGAGCAACAAAGUUUCCGAUUUCGAGUUCACGACAAGGGCUGUUGCUGAAGUUGAUCUUAACAAGUGUGAACCAUGGGACCUCCCAGCGAAAGCAUCAAUGGGAGAAAAAGAGUGGUACUUUUUCAGCCUAAGAGAUCGAAAGUACCCAACCGGGCUAAGGACAAACCGAGCAACAGAGGCGGGCUACUGGAAGACAACCGGUAAAGACAAGGAAAUAUUACGAGGCAAUGUGUUGGUGGGCAUGAAGAAAACACUUGUUUUCUACAGAGGCAGAGCUCCCAAGGGCCAUAAAACCAACUGGGUCAUGCACGAAUAUCGGCUCGAAAACAAGCUACCCUUCAAACCCACCAAGGAAGAAUGGGUGGUCUGUAGAGUGUUUGAAAAGAGUACCACAAUUAGAAAGUGUGAGCAACAGACGACACGAGCAGUAUCCCCCGAAAUCGUGCUAAACGACCAACUCGGAGGAGAUGACGAGCUGUCGUAUUUCACUACUACUAAUAAUAAUGAGUUACAACAACAGCAGCAGCAGCACUACAACAACAUGAACAUAAGCACGAACAUGAUGAUGAGCGACUUGCCAUCGUUGGCCAAUAUCAACUCUUUGCUUCUCACAGCAUUGCAGCUCAGAACAUCAGCACAUAAUAAUAAUCAUGUGAACUACCCGUUUAUGCAUAUGCCUCCACUUGAACAUUAUUUCGACACUUCAACAUCGAAGCCUGUCUUAGAAUCACAGCUCCCACCGCGAACCAUGGAUGACCAACACUUCAAUGUCGAAUCCAAUAAUAUUUGGAGUUCCACGACUGAUCAUCUCUGGUGGGAGCCCGCCCUUGAGGCUGCAAAGGUGAAGGCUGGCCUGGUCGAGGAGCCCCGAAAAGUUCGAGAAGACUAG